CAUCGAUUCUGGCUCAGUAGACCAUGCGUGAACCAAGUCUCGAUAAAGCAUGACUCUAGCCGAAAUUCACCUUUUGGCGGGCUGGACCCAAAACGUUGAAAGGAUGCACUGACCUUGUAGCUCAACCGUAUGAGCUGUCCUCACGCCGCGAUGUCGUUACCGCGCUUUAAGCUAGACCUGUUGACCUAUGAUGACCCGGCAGCGCUUCUGCCACUGCCGCUGGCGGUGGAGCCAUCGCGGGCAACCCUUCUGAACAGCGGCAGCGCUGCUUUGGACGCGCAAUUGGCGCAAAACGACAAGCUUCUUGAGCAACUCAACGCCACCCUGACUGCCACCGACAUCUCCUUCGUUCAACCUGUGAACGCGAAUGUUGCGAGCACACACAACCCAUCCAGCCUCCUGGCGGCAAGGCUAGUCGCAUACAACCCCAUCCUCUUCCAGUACGGCGUGUCAGAGGUCGACGCCAAAGAGCCAGUUGCUACCACGCCGGGGCCUUCCGCGACGGCGGCGGUUGCAGCACACAACAACCAGCCGGAUGUCCAAACCAACCCCUCAGUUCGCAGGGAACGCUCCGGACCGGAUACCGCUGCUGGCGAGCGGAAGCGGGCACGGCGAGCAGCAAAGCAGGAGACGUAUGUUCUCUACGGACAUGAGGCUGACGCGGCGGCAGCCAAGCUCACAUCCUUCCUAGAAGCCGCCAUCGCCUCUGCCGCCAAGGCAGCGGAGAGCCGCAGCGGCAACGGCUGCGAAGGCGACGAGGAGGGCGACGAUGCAACUGACUCGGAUGCCGACGACGACGAUGAUGCAGAGGACGAGGAUCAGGACCCUGGAAACCGCGGUGGCGCAGCCACCCGUGGCCGUGGCAGCGCUGGCGCUGCCCCUCCUAAAGGGGGGCGGUCAAAGCCCCCCAAGCAUGUUUUCCGGCUGGGCGAGCUGCGUGGGCUGCACCAGGAGUUGCUGAAGGCGGGUCAGCAGGGCUACCUGCGGCUGCUGCCGACUGACCUGCUGCACCGGCUGCUGCUGGCGCUGCAUGACACGGCGGGGCGGGGGGAGAACAGGCUGCUGAGGGAGGAUGCGGAGCUCAAGUCCCCCUCCGUGGCCCGCGUCGCCUCCUCCCUGGAGUCCGUGCUGUGCUCGCUGGUGCUGCUGUCCUGCCCCGGCCUGCCGCCCUCGCUGUACCUGGAGGAGCCGCUGGGCCGGGCGGUGGCGCUGGGGCGCUACCACCUGCAACACAACGUGCUGGCGCUGCAUGACGCGAGGUUCAGGAGGCUGUACAGGCCGGGGAGUGGGGAGGAGGAGGAGGGGCCGGUUCGCGUCGCCAAGCGGGGUAGAGGAGGCCGCUCCGCCGCGUCCGGACCGCAUCUCCCCCCCUGGUGCGGCCUGCUGGUGGGUCAGGUGGAGCAGCUGCUGGGCCUGCUGGGCGAGGUGGUGGGACAGGUGCGGGUGGCGGCGGAGGGGCUCAUCCCGCUGGUGCGACAUGCGCUGCAGGCGCUCACAGUGGACUCGCUGCACACACUGCACUACCGGGCCAUUGGUCUGACCGUCUGCCUGUUCAAGUACUACCCACUCCAGCGCUCCUCCGUGGUGGACGAGCUGGUGGCGGGGGUGCUGGGGCAGCUGGGCGGCCCGGGGAAGCACGUGCCCAGACACUACCCGCUGCAGUCCCUGGACGCCUCCUCCCGCAUCCAGAUGGCCUCCGCCCUGGUGCUGCAGCUGGUGCAGGUGGCGGCGGAGCUGCCGGGCGGGGGGGCGGGCGCGGAGGCGGCACGGCACUGCACCCACAGCGCAGCCAAGUGGGCGGACUACUUCUGGCAGAGCAUACUCAACAAACUCCCCGCCUCCCGCGGCUCCUCCUCCUCCUCCUCCUCCUCUGAGCUCAAGUCCUGGGUGGAAGCGCUCGUGGAGGACCUGCUGUCCGCCCUUCCUCAGCCCGAGUGGCCGGCAGCGGGGGUGCUGCUGCGGCGGCUCAUGGUGGCGGUCAAGCGCGCGGACACGGGUCUGGCCAGCGGGGAUGUGGGGGUGCGGGUGCUGAGUGUGGAGGUGGUGGGGCAGGUCAGCAGGCGGC